UCAUCCAUAAAAAUUUCUAACAAACAGAUCUAAUUGUUUGCUAAUUAUCAACAGAAAUGCAUUUGAGGAACUUAUAGUCCGAGUAUGUAUCAUACAGCCUGCAUAUAAAUGAUUUUUGUGUAAACUAAAAACAACUUGUAAAAGUGCAAGAAAUGGUAACAGAUUUAGAUUUGCCAGUAUAUAAAUUAAUUUAACUAAUUAUUCCUGUUUUUCCUGUUCUCCUGUUCCUGUUUACUUAUUCGUCAAUGCAAAAAAAUCCAAUAAUAACUACACACAAGCGUCCGACGGCCGGGGCCGUCUCAUCUUGGGGGCCGAUAUGUGGGACCUCCCCCACCUACCCCUAUUUACGCCAGUGGGGUGAUGUCAGUUAGAUUUGAAUUGUUUUAGGUUAUGUGAUUAAGUUUAGAUACAUAUUUUGUGUUCUCUCGAAGACAUAACAGAGUUGUGUUUUCCGGCCGAAAUAAAACUGAUUGUUCUUAAAAGCUGUGCGUUGUUAGUUGAUUUUGUCCAACAAAAUUCAGAGGUUAUAUUUUACUUAAAAAUGAAUAUGGACAAGCCAGAAUCUGCCCGAUAUAAGAUAACCGAAGCGUUGGAAAUUGAUCUGUUAUUGGAAAAUAUUUUUAAGUACUUAAAACUUAAAGAUAUCGCAAUUUGUCGAAUAAUUAAUCGGCACUGGUGCUCCGUCGCGACGCCGUUGAUGAAAGAAAUGAUUUCACAAUUUACGCUUAAUUUCGCUCAAUCCGACAUUACUAAAUAUUGCGACUACGUGUCGACCAGUGGAUCUGACUGUGUGAAAUAUUCAAAUUUCAAAUUUUACCAACCUCCAAUUGAGUCCGAGUUUCUGGAAAAAUGUGGCGAACACGUGACAUCUUUAACAUUUCAGUACAUCUACCGAAAUUCUCUGGAAUCCUUGACACAAAUCUUGACACAAACCCCAAACCUGGCCAAGUUCGAAAUCGUCCGAUUAUCCCUGGACUAUCGGUCUACACCUACUAUUCUCCAAGAUAACGUCCCCUGGGAUAAGUUGGUUAUGCAAAUUAGGACGAUCUCCAUUACCGCGUUCGACACGUCUGAAGAGCUAGGACAAGAGUUUCUUUUAAGACUAUUUCGAGCAUGUCCCAACCUAAAAGAGGCCAUAACGGGGGCAAAUAAUGCGUCAUUUCUUCACCAACUUUUGUUCACAGAGCGUGCGGCAAAUUUGAGUCAUUUAAGCCUAGGACACGUGGAUGGUCAAAUUCUAGAAAUUUUAUGCACAAACAAAGACCAAUUUCACUUGAAGUUUCUUAAAAUUGGUCAACUUUUAGCAGUGGAAGGAAAGCUGCUCGAAUUUUUACAAGUCCAAGCAAAUAGCCUCGAAAGCUUUAUCGUUUGUGAACUUUGGAGCGAUUUUCCUCACACGAAUGGGAUCACGUUUCCUGAACGAAUGCCAAAUUUGAAAUUGUUACGGAUUGGCUUGAAACGAUGGGAUGCUCCAUACUGGGAAGCCUUAAUGGCACCUCUCAAUAUUCCCAGACAAUUGCCAGCCCUGCAAAAACUCUUAAUUUCUGGGUGUGGAAAACAUCAAUUUUUCGACAUUCAUAUUAGAAAAUUGGGAUCAGGCGGCGCUCUCCGUGUGGGGAUUGGAACUUCCGGGGGAGGAUUGUUACCACCCGAUGUUCAAAAGUUGGGUCGUCUUUUCCCCAAUUUGACCGAAUUAUCGGUCGGAUAUCAAUCUGGUCAUGUUUUGCGGGAGAUUUGGACUGCUUUUCCGGGCUUGGAGUCAUGCACGUUGUCCGUCGGAUUGGACAAAAUUUGUAACAUUGAUACUACCGGAUUUCUGAAGUUGGACGAAAUCCUGACCGGGUUUAGUAAAAAGGAGAUGAAACGGGCUAAAAAAAUGUGUCGGGACGUGGGGAAACCUCGGUUUGAAAGCAUCACUAAUUUGAAAAACUUACGGGAAUUGACCCUGCAUUACGGUCCGUUUAGGAAUCGACCACCAGGAAGGCGACUUAGCGACGAUUGUGUAACCGACAUUGGAGCAUUUUACGCCUUGCAAAAAUUGGAGUCGUUAAAAUAUCUGGCGAUCCGGGGUCACAAUAUAUCGCAACGCGUAGUGGACGAAUUGUGUCGUGUUCGAGAGUUACAUCAGGAUACUUCUUGUUCCCAUUUGAGGUUGACGAGCCAUCCAAGAUCACGAUAUGACUCACCACACCCCAUGUGUACGGAGGACGAUGUGAAUUAUGUCAGGACUUGAACAUGGUUUGGUGUGUGAAAAUCACACCUUGUGAAUUCUACACGCUGUGAUUUCUUGAACAAUUGAAAUUGCGAUACGAAUUAGACAGUACAAAAUUGUAAGCUAUGUAUGAUGAAAUAAAUUUACUCUUUCUUCAUUCCAUUCCAAAAUUAACAG